UGAGCGUGAGAGACAACGAACUAGAUGCUGUGCUUAACCAUGAAGAUGCCAAAAGCAUUUUUCUCUCUUUUUCGUAUUGUUGUGCUCUUAACUGGCUUUUCUAUUAUUUGCUUGGGAGCCUUUUGCAUUUCUACUGGCUCCUCUUUGUGCCAGUGUGGGAAUAAUCUCUUCCUUGCUUAUUCUCUGCUAUCUUUGGGGUUCUUACUCCUUGUGACUGGGAUUUUCUGGAACAUGUACCAUGAAGUCAGCAAAAGCAAGAACCUGUUCUACAUUUUUCAGAGAAAUCCUAGCCCUAGAGAAACACAUAUCAACACCAUAGACAGGCCUGAUUUCUACCCUCCAUGCUAUGAAGAUAGCACAGACCGGGGAAAGCAGACUUUCCCAAUACCAGUCUCCCUUUCAGCAAGAGAGGAAGAGAUUUAUAACACCCCUCCACCUCUGUACACUGAAAGCUGUAUGGAAUUCAUAGACGAAACUGGCCUUCAGGAAGAAAAGCCACCAUCAUAUGAAGCAUCUGUGCGGCACCAGCCAACAGCCGAGCAUGAUUCAAAUAAAGAAGUUUCGGACACUUGCAUGCACCCGUCCCAGGAGUCAACUGCUAAUAAUAUGAACUGUGAAGAGACUUUGUCUCGGACUGACUGACAUGCUUUGCUCCUUCAAAGUCAGAAGAUAAGUCACUGACCGUGUGAAGAGGCAUUGGAAAAGACAUGGGACAGUGCUAUAUAAUGCCACUGCAUUAUACUACCAGUGCAACAGUUGCCUGGGCACAUUACUGACCACAAUGCAUUCAUGUGGCACUAGAGAGGUUAUUUGAAGAGGUUCUUAGUAUUUUAAAACAAGAACAGCAUUCUCUGUCCUUUAAAGAGUUUGCUACUGAUAGUACGACCCAUAAUUGGUGGCUCAAGCCAACAUCAGAGGAGCUUGUUUUCACAUUUCAAUAUUUCACUAUUUUAUUGUUCCCGCGGAGAAAAGUCAGUACCAAAGUCAUUCAUUGUACUCUGUUCAAUAUCUCUAGAUGAUCGGUUUAUGAAAGAUUUUUCCCAUACCAAGGAUUUUUUCCAUAUAUUCCUGAUUUGGAAUAUAACCUCUUGAAAUCUCUCUUUUGGUGGGAAAAGAAGGACAAUAGAGAACAUGACUGGGUGUGAGAGAGACUGGUUAAUAUCCUUUUCAUAGAUAGUAUUUGCUCACAUCAGCCCACCAAGAUCUUGAGCAAAAACUUCCUAGAGAUGUUAAUGACUGUACUCUACCUUGAUACGCUGGCUACCAGUUAUAACAAAGUGAUCACUUUUUACACUGGAAAGAAAAUGUUAGUGUUGCUACUUAAUGCGCCUCUAUUUAUUAAUUUAAAUCUCUUUCUCAUCUUGUUUUCGGUGCAAGUCUCCAUCUGUUUUUUUAUUAAUAUUUGCUGAUCUGGAAGACCUAUUACUCCAUUAGCUAAUAGCUGGGGUUUUAUGUGCUGUUGUUUGUAACAGUUGAGAAUUUUUCUGCCAUGAGUGUUUGGAGCAAACUGCUUUACUUUGUGUAUUUAAUAGCUGAUAUUUUAAUAUUGCAUUAAAUCCAUCUGUUCAUGUCAAUACAUUUUUUCAAACAGUCUGAACUAGAAAUGAGGUUUCCAGGCUUUCAGUUGGGCAGACAACAAACACCCUGUCUGAGCUUACUGGUUGCUGCACACUAAUGAGGGGACCUCAGUUUCAAAGCACAGCUUCUGAAAGAAUAACACGGAUUGUUUUAAUGCAGAAAGAAGCCUUCUGCAAGUCAUUCCUCUAGGCAUUGUCUUCGUAGCUAUAAGGUUAGCCACUCCCAUUGCGUUGCUCACAAACUCUAUGCCAAAGAAGCUGGGCUCUAUUUGAGACUGAGCCUGCACCCCUAAGUUCAACUGAAGUUUUGUGCUUUAUGACAACAUGAGCAGAAUGAGAUGCUUUAUCAAACUUUCUUUACACUCACAGAUCAGAGGCGGCAAGCACAGUCUGUCUGCAAAUCACUGUAGGAACCCAAAACAUGGAGAAAAUCAACUGCAAAAUCAGUUUUUCCUCCUUGAGGAUUAUAUCCCAAUUUGGAAUAUAACCUCUUGAAACCUCUUUCCUUUGGUGGGAAAAGAAGGAUAAUAGAGAAUGUGAAUGGGAGAUGGGACAUAUUUUCCUUGGGGAAUAGAAGCAGUAGGGAGGGAUAGACGGUGUGCCCAGACAGAAGGGAGAGGGAAAAGAAAAACAAAGUUAAAAAUGGAAAUAAUUAGACAGGCAAUGACAGUAAAAGAGGUGGAGUUAAAGAAGGAAAGCUAUAGAGUAAGGGUAUACACAAAUUCAAAAGAAAACAAUGACAGGAUAAAAACACUAUAGGCUACGUCUACAUUGCCAUGAAUUUCCAAAAAUGCUUUUAACUGAAAAGUUUUCCGU